AUGCAGCAAGCUCUGAGGACAACGCCGGUUAAACUCACAUUCGCCAAAGCUCCGUUAACUUUCUAUUUUCAGAAGAUCGAGUUUGAUAUUUUACUUGUAUGUGGUGUGCUGGUCACUCUUGCAACGGUACUCGAGCUUUCUGUCGAAAUUUGCGUGACCAUCUAUUUCAAAAAUGAACCGCCCAAAAUUAUACCGAUAUCUUGGUACAUGCUUGUUGCUGCAUUGACUGGUGUUACAACCUCCGCCGCCCAACUACUCAUUACAAGAAUAACAUGCACUCGUUCGACACUAACACUAUUUGACAGCAUCCUUGACGGCAUAUCGCGUGUAUCACUCGAUCCUAACAAAUUGAGUUCCGUCAUAAGCGCGGCAUCUGUCAGCCACGGUGUGGCUUUCCACGGUACCAACCGAGCCAUUCUAGGUAUUGUGUAUUGUAAGUAA